AUGAGCUUCCAUCAAUACGACGGACCUGCAGGCGAGUUCGCCCAGAACCACGGCUUCUCCCAGGCUGUUGUACUGCCUGCGUCGGCCAAGAUCGUCAUCACGGCCGGUCAGGCAGGGUGCGACCUGAAGACAGGCAAGGUGGUGACAACGUCUGCGGAGGCCCAGAUCUCGGCGGCGUUCGACUGCGUCGAGGCGGCGUUGAAAAAGGCCGGCGUCGAAAAGGGCCUGCUGGGUGUGCACAAGUUCCUGACAUUCAUGCUCGACACCGACCUUGAACCCGUCAUGAUGAAGAUCUGGCGCGAGCGGUGCCCUGGUCACCGGCCAACCUGGACGUGUGUCGGCUCGUCGAAGCUGUGCUUUCCUGAAAUGAUUGUCGAGAUUCAGGCCGAGGCGACAUUGUUCCAAGUCCGCCGCGGCGGCAUGUACGAGCUGCCAUCUCCGCAAGAAGCAGCCACGUUGGGCGCGCCGAGGUAUGCAACUGGCGCUGGCCGCCUGCUGAUAUUGAGCGAUGUUGGAACUGACGGGACCGCCAGCGCCACAAACCCGUCGAGUCCUGCGGAUGUGGUCGAACAGGUCGACCGCAUUACAGUCCCCUCGGCGCUGGACGAGAUCCGAGCACGGUUUGGCAGUUUGGGGGAAGGAGAUAGCCCACGAAGGAUCGAGGUGUCUCCCGGCGGGUUUGGCGACAUUUCCAAGGAGACCUCGAUCCUGGUAGACUUUGUUGCCCAAGAUUUCUCGCUCGGUGCCAUCAGCGACUACCAGGUCACGUUCAACGACAACUACACGACGGUCGCAAGGCUGCUGGCCAACGAAUUCGGCCGCGGCUUCCAGACUGACGUCUACCACUAUCGCGAUGCCCCCUUUUUCAAACGCGCCCACGGGGGAAUUCCCCGAAGCAUGGGCUUGUCCGAACUCGCCGUCCUCGACCUGUACGGCUCAUUUACCCUCCCCAGCCCUGAGGUGGCCGACAGCUUCAUUGCGGCCUUUUUCGACCGCGUCCACGCCACGCUGCCCAUCCUCGACAGGUCCGCCUUUCUCAAAGGAUACUCGGCCGCGCCGAAGCCGUCCAAUGUUUCUCUUCUCCUGCUACACAGCGUCUUACUCUCCGGAUCAACUACAUUCGAGCAUCCCAAUCUCAAACUUCCUCACGGUGAGGUGUCCUGGAGACUGUACGGCCGGGCCAAAGCCUUGGUCGAGAACAGAUUUGAACAAGACCGUCUGGUGCUGGUCCAGUCUCACCUCCUCUUUAGCACGUUUGUCUCGGACAGCUGUGACGACACGCUGCAAAACAUGUGGCUGUGUCUCGGCACUGCCGUGAGGAUAGCACAGGGCCUAGGGAUGCACCGUGCAUUGGGCAAAGCCAACGCAAGCGAACCGAUGCGAAGACAGUGGAAGCGUAUCUGGUGGUCGCUUUUUGUCCACGAUACGUUGUGUUCUUUCGAGUGGGGUCGUCCAAGAGCCAUAAACCUCGCUGAUUGCGACGUCGAAUACCUGACAGAGGCCGACUUUCAGCCCGAAUAUCCCGGCUCGCUACCGUCGGCCGAACACACGCGGUUCUUUUUGGAAUUAGUCAAUCUCUGUCUCAUAAUAUCUAGCUGGUUGGAUCUCCUUCGGCCCUGCCGAUACCGUGAUCACCAGGGCGGUGGACGAGGCAACAAUCUCGAUCGCAACUCUCGAGCCCUGGCGCUCCUCACCGAGCUGCAACAGUGGCACAAGGGCAUACCGACGACUCUACAACCACCUCGAAGCUCUGCUGGUGGUGGCGGCGGGGGCGGGGGCGCCUUGGGCACGGGAUUUACUUUGUGGACAGCCACUUUGCAUAUUACCUACCAAGCGGCGUUGCUGCGGUUCUGCACAUUGCUUCCCGAGGGGACUGACACCAUGUUCCGCGCGGCCGCAGACAUCUCACAUGUCUGUGAAGAUCUCGACCGGCAGGACCUGCUGGGGUCGCUGUGGAACUUUGGCAUCCACGAAUUCGACCUGGCCAUGGUGCUCCACGCGCGUCAGGCCAACAGUUCCGAUCCGGCCACCUCGCGUACCGGCGUGCGCAACCUGCAGCGCGGUCUUCCGUGGGCUCGCAAGCUGGGGAGCCGUUCGUCCGUGGCCCAGCAGGCUCAAAUGUUUUACGAGGACUUGGUCAAGAAGAUGAAUAAGCGUUCUCGGACAGGAAGACGUCCGGCAUCGGCAACUGCGACAACAACGAUAAGACACGACGAUGGUGUGGACGGCUCAGAUCACGGCCAAAGGCCCUCGAUGCCGACCCCUACUGGUCGCACCGCCGUAGCCGCCGCCAGUGAACUGGGAGAACCGUUUGAAGACGCCACCGUGCAAUCGUUGGCAGGGUCCAACGGCGCGCACACCGACUGGGCCCCCGAAAUGUACUUUACCGACCCUCUCUUUCAGGCGCAGAUGAUGGCCCACGACGACAAUGCCGGCUGGGGUUGGGACAUGUAUUACGACCAGGCGCAGUUUCAACAUCAACAGCAAUUUCGAUGA